AUGGCUGACAGGCACUGGGAAGACGGAAACGGCCGACUGGGCAAUGUUUCCGCUUCUAAAUAUACGCGUAAACGAACACACAGAAAGGGAUGUCAAAUAGUGUUUUUAGGAACGUUAGAAGCCAGUAGCCAGUGGCGACUCACUGGUGAGUGGCAUAGAAUCUAUGUCAUAGAUCCACAUAGAUCACCACGAUCAGUACAGGCAGGAAAAUCAAAAACAGAAGAAAAUAAAAACACCAAAAUCCCUAAGAUUACACUGAUUAAUCUUGAUCAAUCUAAAACUAUUGUUCUUUUGGAGGAUGCUAUGAAACUUGCUAAACGCAACAAUUUUCACUUAAUUAAACUGUUAUACACUGAUGGAAGUGAUGAAAGAGAGGUUUAUAAGCUGUGUACUCAUAAAGAGAUUAUUGCAAACGAAACUGAGAGAAAUGACAACGUUAAAAACCAUGAAUCUAUCAAAUUUAAGAGUUUUAAGGUUUUUUCCAUAGACACCAAGAUUACAGAAUAUGACUUGGAUGUAAAACUAAAAAAUAUCAACAAGUUAUUGCAAAAGGGACACCGGAUAAAACUUCUACUAAAACAUUAUGACAACCAAAAGGAACAAUUGUUAAAGCAUGUAAAGUGUAAAGUAGAGGGAACUAUAGCAGUAGAAAGACAAAAGGGUAACUGUGUCAUUUGCACAUACCAUCCUGUAUUAAAUAAUGCCAGUGACAGUUCUAAGAAAAUAUAG